CUUAUUUAGUUUAGUCGCAGGCGCAGCGCCGCUCAGACACGUUCGGUCUUGAUCGCGCGCGUUAGUUCGAGAUCAGCAAUUAACGGUGCCGCCUCCUGAAACCCUGCGAGUGGAAGCGAGACGGCCAAUGGCAAGAAAUAGACGCGUGCUGGUGGAACAACAACAACACAAAAGCAGCAGAGAAACGAUCACCGACUUUUGUUUAAACAAUAUUUACACUGUCGCGUCGCUGCAAUUGAAAUUGAUUUCAAUUUAAAAGUAUUUGAAGAAAAAUUAGAGACGUGCCGUGAAGUGCAAAUGGAAAAAGUGUAGGAAAAGCAAAUGAAUUAGUAAACAACGUCAACUGCAAAAAAAAACGCCAAUAACGGGAACGCAGUCGAUGCGCGGCUUCCACACUCAGUGCGCCGCAAGAGAUCGGUCGAGGAAGACGCCCUCCAUAGACAUAAGUAACAUCGCCUUCAAGAUCCGAGCCCAAGACGCAGCUCCACCAAGAUGACAUCACGGACACGGCUCUGUGCCCGAGUGGGCAUCGUACUCCUUGGAAUCUGUUGCAUCGCCAGCGGGAUUUACCUCUUCCGCAACUGGAUCGAUAUGUUUACACGCAUGCGCGGCCAGGAAAUGGCCCUGAGCCCCAAAUCACGAUCAUUCGAGGGCUGGAAGGUGUCCCCGCUGCCGUUAGACUUUGAUAUCUACCUAUUUAACUGGACGAAUCCAGAGGACUUCUACGUGGGAUCUGGCAAGAAGCCACACUUUGAGCAAUUGGGACCCUACCGGUUUCGAGAGAAUCCCGACAAGGUGGACAUCGAAUGGCACAAUCAUAACGCCUCCGUAUCAUUCCACAAAAAGUCCUGGUUCUACUUUGAUGCUGCCGGCAGCAACGGAAGUUUAUCGGAUAAAUUCACCACAGUCAAUAGCGUAUCGCACGCUGCUGCUAGACGUGCGGCGGACAGUUGGAUUGGUAGAGGUCUCGUCAACUUGUCCAAUAAUAUGUAUAGCCAGAAAGUGACUAUCACGAAAACCGUUGAUGAAAUGCUUUUUACGGGCUACGAUCAUCCAUUCUUAGCCAUCGGCAAGCUGAUGAGACCUCAGGAUGUUCCCUUCAAGCGUGUAGGCUUCCAAUACCCACGGAAUGGCAGUUCUGUCUUCGAUGGUGACUUUAACAUGUUUACAGGCGCCGAUGAUAUUGCCAAAAUGGGUCAGGUUCAUACGUGGAAUAAUUUGACGCACACUGGAGCCUAUGAAGGCACCUGCGGGCAGGUGCACGGUUCCAUGGGCGAAUUCUUUCCGCCCAAUCUCAGCACCAAAGACACUGUCUUCAUGUACAUGCCGAAGAUGUGCCGUGCUAUACCACUGGACUACGUGGAAACUGUUACCGUGCACGGCGUGACCGCGUACAAGUUCAGUGGUACUCAGCACGCCGUGGACAACGGCACUUUGUAUCCGGAUAGCAGUUGCUAUUGCGUCGCAGGAAAGUGUAUGCCCAGCGGGGUGAUCAAUAUUGGACCCUGCGCUUUCAACGCGUCGGUCUACAUGUCCUUUCCGCACUUCUACAUGGCGGAUCCAAGCUAUCGGGAGGCUAUCGAGGGUAUGCGACCAGAGCGCGAGAAGCACGAGUUCUUCAUGACCCUGGAGCCCAAUGCGGGCGUGCCAAUGGACGUGGGUGGUGGCUUCCAGGCCAACUACUACAUGGAGCCAGUUUCGGGCAUUAGCAUCUAUGAAAAUGUACCAAGGGUCAUGAUUCCAAUGAUGUGGUGCGAGGAGCGAGUACGAGUGUCAGAGGAAAUUGCCGCAGACAUCGCGCUCGUUCCGCUUAUUGUCCUGCUGGGACAGAUCGUAACUGGCAUCCUUUUGGCUGGUGGUCUUAUAUGCACCUGCUGGUACCCGACGCGACAAGUGACGCACUUCUGUCACAGCGAUCCAAAGGCCAAGGGCAACGUCCUGCGACCCCUCAAUGUCUUUGGUGUAAAUUCGUCGUCACCCACAGCUCCGGUGGCUCAACUGUUCCGGCACAACGUUGGUUCAUCGGGCAACGAGCGUGUUGGAGUUCGCCUGCUGGACUAUAAUCGCGCUUCCGGCGUAAGAGAAGAAAGUGGUAUUUUGGAAAGCUCGACCAAGGAACGUCUGAUCAGCCAGGACACGCCCGAUGUUGUAGUUAGAUAAUACAUGCGUUGGCAUCAAGCCAUUCUAACGGUGCCUCCAACGAUCAUCUGUCUAAGACUCAUUUACGUUGCCGUAGCCUAGAAUAGCAUAGCGUGAUGAAACCAUUCUGCCUUAGCCAGGCCCAAAGAGGCUGGACCCACUUGCUCAUCGAGGACAUCGUUCGACUUCACGUCACAUACCACAUGCCACGCACGCCCAACCGCAUUAUGAGUUCCCUCAACUUAUCUGCACGCUGUGCAGACAGCGAGAGAGAUUUAUAAGAUUAUUUAUUUUAGUGCCAAAACACAGCAGAAAACGCAAGCAAAAAGUCAUUAACUAUUUUAGUAGGAUAAACUGAACUGUAUAUAGAGCGACUCGAGUGACGCCCCAUUACUCAUUUUCCUUAAUUCUUGAAGUUAAAACUGCGCAUGCCCAAAGUAUUUAUAUUUAUAUAAUAACGCAUAUUUUUUGUAGAGCGAUAUUUAAGGUUUUAAUCCUAAUUGAUCUGAAGUUAUAAAGAAAUCAUAUUGAACAGAACAUAGAUAGCUAAAAUUGUUGCUCAUUUAGGUAGGCCUACACAUUAGAAAUUAAAAAUUCUUUUAAGUCUUGUACAAAUAACGCUAGCACUGCAAAGAUUACGCAUAUCCUAUGUACAUAUGUCAAUCAGUGUAAGAUCUAAAUACCUAGAUUGUAAAGCACAGCUGUGAACCCCGGAAAUAUUUCCAAAAAUUCCUUAAGAUAAAUGAAUAGAAGAAAAUGAUUCAAAUCAAGUGAUCAAAGAGGGACUCUCUGAAAAUGACAGCAGUUAUUAAAAUUAUGAUGGAGAUCCUGAAAAAAAUUUCCAAACAUAUCAUAAUAUAAAUGGAAUUUGAGAAAAAGAUAAAAAAGAAAUCCAAGUCGCUUAAUAUAAAUAUUUGUUAUUAUGAUUCAUUUUUUGAUACAUUUAAAAAUAUUUAAAAAUAUUAUGUUUGCCUUGAAAACCAUUUUUUCGAAAUAAGUUUCUUUAAAUCCACACUUGAAUAACUAAAUGUUAAAACACAAUGAUCUUUUUUAAAUAAGAACGCGUCACACCCAAGGCGAUUUCCAAAUAUUCCACCUAACCGAUAAUAAAACUGUCAAAAUAUUAAA